AUGGAUAAAUUUGAUAAUGAAGUAAUUGAGCUUAGCAAAUUAGCAGGUGCCAAUGCUCAAAGACACCCACUCAAAUGGAUUAGAUGGGAAAGUUCUUAUAUUUCUCCUUCAGGCACACAUGCUCCUCCGUGGAGAGAAGCUGAAGGCGAUUACGGCAUUGUAAUUGUUUCUACACAUGAUGCUGGAAUUGUAAUCAUAUUAUGCAAGCAAAACGGCAAAUGCCUUAAAAUCAAGGGCUAUUCAAUCGAAAAGAAAAGCGCUUCUGAAGAAUUAAACUACGAAGAGGAUGGACCAGAAAUGAAAUCAAUUGUAGAUGUCUUACAUGAUAUAUCUAAGCACUUUGACAGUACAUAUGACGCUAAAGUUAAAGGUGAAAUUUCAGACAGUGAAAAUUUGGCCGUCUCUCGCGAAAUCGCACAGAAUUCACUUGUUUCUCUUCCACAACCGGUUCUUGUUCUAAGACAGCCAGAAAGCCCUACUGGCGAAGAAGAUGCUGAAGAAAAUCAGCCAGAAGAUGAUGAAAAGAUUGUUCAAUUCAACAAACCUUCAUCAACUGAGGGUGAAUACUGGAGCUUACAUGCCAAACUAAAGGCACUUGGCAACCCAGAAACGUCUGAUCCAACAAAUAACGAUCUUAAGGAAUUGUCUGAGAAUCCAGUUUUCAAAGAAGCAUCUGGCCAGCGCGCUAUUUAUUCAACCGGUUCUAUUCCUGCUCUUCGUGAUAUCCUUCGAUUCAAACAAACACACAACUACGGAGAUACUAGAACAACUCAACAGAUCUAUGCUCUUCGUAUAUUCGCUAUGAUUUCUCUCAAUGCACUUAUCAGAAGGCAUUUGGCAAACCAAGAUUUCGUGAAUUUAUUAUUUGAUCUCCUUAGAAGAGAAGAAAUGACUUUAAUGCCAGAUUUACUUACAACAAUUGCAAACUGCUGUCACAACACCGCUUUUCGCAACUUUUUCAUUCAAGUCGGUGGUAUUGAGCAAUUAAUUGUAUUCAUCAAACAGAGUGAUUUAGUUUCAGAUGUUUGCUAUACACUCUGGUCAGUCAACAGAUCAGCCGAAGCAACAAAAGCUAUGAUUGACUCUCACUUAAUGAUUGAACUUGAAAGAUACACAAAUCCAUGCAAUGCAAAUGAUAACCAAAUGACAAAUAUCACACGUUUGCUAUGUUCUCUUCCUAAAUAUGGUCCAAAGAUAUUCGAACCUUUGAAACCAUAUCACAUCAAAUUCUUCUGCCAAGGUCUAAAGUCAACAGAUGAUGAAUGCGUAUCAUGGUCAGCUAUGGCUUUAACAUGCUACCCAAUAGAUGAAGAAUUACAGAAAUUAUUCUGUUCAAAGGCUCAAGAUGGCCCAACAAACUUGAUGACAAUGCUUGAUAGCAAGAAUGAAAAUGUUAUCUUAUCCGGCCUUAAUUGUGUUGUUACUCUUGGCGAAAUUCCAAGCAUCAGAGAUGCAUUUAUUCCUGCUAUUCAUGCUAAGCUCCAGAGGCUUUGGAAGAGCGAUAGUCCGAAAGUUAUUCAAGGUGUUCUCAAAGCUCUUGGCGUUUUGACAUUGAACAAUUCAUGCCUUGAAUGGACACAGAAGCAGAAUAUGAUUCCAGAUUUGUUGAAAUAUCUCUCAUCAACAGAUCCUGAUUAUAUUGUUUAUGCAGCUAAAGCAAUUGGAACUUGCUGCAACCAGAAGUCAAAUCUUCAGCAAUUAAUGCAACUUAAUGGUGUUAGAACACUAUGGUCAUUAAUGAAAUCUCCAUAUUCUGCUGUUCAAGCUGCUGCAACACGUGCACUUGUUCCAUUCUUGAAGUCACCAGAUUCACCAACAAUUGUCAGAACAUUUGUUGAUGGUUUAGAUUUGCUUGUUGGACUUCUAAAGAGUGAUGAUUCAGAUGUUCAAGAAAGCGCUUGUAUGGCAAUUACAGAAGUUGCACGCGAUACAGAAAAUCUUGCUUUCAUGACCGAUCUGGGCCUUGUUGAAUUACUUUCUAGACUACUUUCCACAACAAAAGAUUCAGUAAGAACCCCCUUAGCAAAUGCAAUUGGUGUUGCCGCAGCUUAUGGAGAUAACAGACAUCAUUUCGGCCAAGAAGGUGCUGUUGAUCCAUUAGUAUCAUAUCUCCAGCCACCAUCAAAUAAUCCAGAAGUUCAUGCCGCUACAGCUAAAGCUCUUAAAGCUCUGAGUGAAGAUGCUCAGAACUCUAAGAAACUAAGCAAUGCGGGUGUUGUAGAAUACUUAUUGAUGAUGGUUUCAAGUACAGAUAGAGAACUUCAAAUGGCUGCUGCUGUUGCUAUUAGAAAUAUCAGAACUAACAGAGGUUAA